AUGUUCCUCCCUGGAAUGGAGCCACAUGUGACCAGGAAAACAGCAGAUGCCGUCCGUAAACUGGCGGUGGAGCAAGGUCGUGAUCCCCAUAGUAUCAAGUUACUAGCAGGCAUCAUCAUUAUUGUGGACGAGACGGACGAGAAGGCGCAGGCCAAGUACGACGAGUACCUCUCCUAUGCCGACGACGAAGGCACUCUUGCGCUUUUUGGAGGUUGGUAUGGGGUUGACAUCUCCACCUGGGGCGACGACGAAGACUUCCGCUUUGCUCCAGGAUUUCCCGGUGCCAUCCAGGGCAUGCUGGAAUCAUGGAGUGCAACUGUCCCUGGCGGAGAGAAUAUCAAGUGGACGAAAAGCCGAAUCGCCCAGGAAUUGGCGCUUGGAGGACCCCAUGCGAAGGCUGUAGGUUCGCCAGAGACAGUAGCUGACGUUUUACAAGAGUGGAUCAAUAAGGCUGAUGUGGAUGGAUUCAACAUCUCCUAUGCCAUCUCUCCUGGUAAUUUCGAGGAUAUCGUCACGUACCUCUUUCCCGAGCUGAGACGCCGUGGCGUAUUCUGGGACGAGUAUGCCUUUCCGGGGGGUUCUGCUCGAGAGAAUUAUACCGGAGACGGCAAAGGCCCAAGAGUUAGGGCAGACCAUCCCGCGUCGCAGUAUAGAUGGAGAGCUGGGGAAGACCUGCCGGAGUAUGCGAGGAAAGAUGCUGCUGCAUCUUCUUCGGGCAACAAGGCCUCAACAUAG